AUGUAUCAUUCUAGACAGUUGUUGCAAUCGAUUAUCAAUGUUAUUGAAGCAGCCUAUAAAUUGGACAGUGCCAAGUUGACCAAAGAGGUAUCAACAUGUCUAAAGAAUCAAUUACAAACAAUACCAACGGCCACUGUAUCCCCACCAAGUCCAAGAGUCAACAAUCAACCAACUACAACAACUACAACAACGGCAGUAACAUACAAUCUUAGCAAUCACUUUGCCUACAUUGUAUUCUUGUUCACAUUGUUGGACGAGGUAACAAAGCAGACGACUGAAGACGUAUCCUCAUUGUGUUGCCUGGUACAGAGUCACUUUAUAAAGUACUCUGGAGAGAAGAGUGAUCAUAUCGACGAGAUAACAUCUAUUAUUGCCAAUAUUAUAGUCAGUCUGAACGCAAAGAGUGUGCGAGGACUGCCACAGACACUGCUGGUCUCUGUUCUGGCAUUGCAGCAGAGUCAGUACAAUGACAACAGGACCAUCCAGCGCUUUGCCAUCAAGCUGACGACUGCAGUUCUGCAGCCAAAGUACAUUGUCAGUCUGCCGGCCGACUUUAUGCACGACCAGAUGUCCAUCCUCUUCACAGGUUUGAAGUCUUCAAACUCAACCAUCCGCUCACACUCAAUCUCCUGUCUUGAGACCAUCCUCUCGGUCAACAAGCAGUGGCUGGAACUCAUGUACAACGCCAUUCUCCAGCUUCCCGAUCAAAAUGAGCGACUCAAACUGUUCUUCCGAUUCCAGCGACUUUUCUUUGAGCAGCUCACCGUGGCCAGCAAGCCAUCGACUUCAUCGACUCCAGCACCAUUCAACUUACUGGCCAAGCCUCAUCUGGCACAGGUAUUGUUCCACAGUCUGUUGGAGAAUGAUAAUGUGCCUCGCAAACAGUCGCUGCAUCUCUUGAAGACAUUGAUCGCGCUGCCCAGCUCAGCCUGGCAGCAGUACCUUCCAUUCAACCCCAAGCAAUGGUCACUGUACAUAUCACUCUAUGAAGCAUUCAACGAGACCAAGUCACAUCUGUUCAAGCCAGUUUGGUCGCAGCUGCAACUUCUGUUCACAUCGUCUUGCAAUGAGCAGCAACCAUUCGCACGAGCAUCCAUCACCGAUCACACCAAGUCAGCCUUCUGGCUGACCAUCCUUCUGCGCCGAGGAUUCGGCCACGUCAAUCCAAACAUCCGUCGUCGCGUCAUCAUGGACGUGCUGACCACACCCACACUGGGCCUGUCCGAGGCCAUGGCCAACGCCAGCUCCUCCGCCGCCUUUGAUCAAGUCUUGGCGCCACUCUUUAGGUCCAUCGAUUCACCAGACUUUUGCAUCAACGCCGCUCUUUGGGCGGCACAACAGCAGCAACAACAAUCAACGCCAUCACCAUCAAUGACUCGCAAGCUCGAACUAUUUGAUUGUCUGUCCAGCUUCCUUGCCACUGUCAUGGCUGCAAUGAAGGAGGCUCAGGUGGUCAGUUUCUAUGAACGAUUGAUCACAUUCUUCAACAGGGAGUUGCGCGACACUCACUGCGUUGUCAUGCUUCUCGAGGAGAUCACACAGAUAUCCGAUGGCAUCGAGGUCAAUGGCACGAUCAUGGAGCAGCUGCGAUCCAUGCUCGACUCACAUCCAAUCACGAACGCACCAGCCAACAUUCAUUUGUACAGGAAGGUGCUGUACCUGCUCACCAACAUGGAGAAGCCGGCCACAUUCACCGCUGGCUUUAGACAGGUGACUGCGCGACUCUUGGCUCUUCUCCCCAAGCACCUGGCCGACAGUGAACACGACAGAAUCGACAAGUGGCUGCACAAGGGUGGAUCUGGAAGUUGGAUGAUGGAGUACCUGAGCAGCAACCUUGGAAAUGGUGCAUCUGGCGACGCCACGCAGGACAUCGAGCUGCACCAGGCAAUGUCGCGACUGUUGAGAUACUUGACAUCAGACGACAAGACAAAGUUCCUCGCACAGGUACUGAGCGGAGGCACUGCCGCCUACACUGUAGACACUCUCCUGCUUGUGAAGUGCAUCAUUCACGAGAACGCCAACUCUUUCAACAUCACCGAUCUGUUCACCAAGCUCACGCCCUUCAUCUACGAGCUAGUUAAGCAAUUCCUAACCGACCAGGAUACACUCAAGAAUCAGCCACAGCAACAACAACAAGCGAUACAGCCAACCUACGAGCAGAUGGAGAAGGUGGUCGAGUUCAUAUCACUCAACAAGACAUCAUUCAUUGAGUUGGCACAGUACUGCCAACAAUGUCUACUUAAUCACGCAGGCGCCAACUACAACUCUCAACAGACAACAUUGAUGUUCCUCAUCUGGCAUCUAUGCCACAGCUCUGCGAUCUUUGGACAGGAGUCACGCGAGUUCCUGGUACAGCUCCUUCAGCUGCGGCCCAAGCGCGAUGCCUACUCAGUGAAGCAGAUGCCUCUGUCCAUCGAGUACAGAUGGCAGUGUAUCCUCGACCUGAUGACCCUGUCGAUCGUGGGCGAUGGUGUUGGCAUUGACGAUCGUGACGAUCGUGACGAGAAUGAAGAGAUCGACACCAUCUGCCAGCUAGUGUUUGAGUGCGUCUUGGACACUCUGGACAACGCCACAUCUCAUUCGCUCUCACCACUGUUUGACUCGCUGCUUCUGUCCAUUGUAGGUCGUUAUGUACGCUUAACACCUACCGAAGCGGCACAGGUGCACACGUUCAACCUUCCUCUUUUGAACCAGCCCGAGAUGAUGUCCAGACUGUUCCAGACUGCCUACCGCGCAUUCUCCGACUGCUCCAAGAAGACCAUGCCAGUGAUUGCCUCAUUCAUCAACCUCCUCUUCCACCCCUUGUUCUUCCACUGUGAUAGCACGAUCCCCUUGGUCAAGGAGUACCUACGUAAGACACUCAAGGAGUGGGGCGAGUCAGUUCGCAUUAGCUGUGGCCUGCUCAGCCAUUGCUGCGGGGUGUGGUCCAGCCACCUCGAGACACUCGACACAUUCCUCGCCGAGAUCAUUGAUCUCUGCCUCCUGUCCAACGAGGACCUGGAGCAGAUGGAGCAGCACGAUCAACAGCAGGCUGUUGGACAGUUGGCGACAAGCAUUGAUGACAUCCAUCAAUUCAAGAUGGCGAGCAACCAUGGAUACAUCGUACGUUGGUUCGUCAGUCAGCUGAACAGCCGCUCGACCACACCCGGCGACGAGGUUCUCUCAGUCCAGUUUGUCCGCAAGCUGAUGCUGUCUCUUUUGGAGCUUAGCAUGGAUGGCGAGCUGAGUCAGCGCGAGUACUCACAACAGAGUCGCACAAACAAGGUCAAGUGCAAGCUUUGGCGCACACUCUGCGCGCUUACACACGUCGACAAGGCGUUUGAGUUGGGCGCCGACCGCGCCGAGUCUUUAGCACACCUCGGUGUGGUAACCGAGAUGAUGUGGAAGAUUCUCGAGAUCAAGAACCACUCCAACGUACGCUACCUCAUUCAAUUGUUCAUUGUCAACAUCCUAAUCAGGACGGGAUCGGAGCAGUCCAUGACUCAGCUGUUGGUAGACAAGCUCAUGUGUCCAAACUACGACUAUCAGAUCGCUGCGUCCAUCAUCAUAAUCUCUGCCUCCUACCUCUACCACCUGAUCAACAAGGCAACGGCAAGCAGCAUCCAGCUGCCCAACCGUAGUACCGACCGCACUACCCCUCUCCUGCCCCAAGUUCACUCACUCUUCCGCGCCAUCAUCCCAUGGUGCACAGACCAUCACCAUGCAGUGAGGACUUGCUCACAACUGGCAAUUCAUUCAAUCAUCUCAAGGAAGUACCAAGUGUUGGGCGAGUUGAACAAUGAUCCACUGUUGAAGCAGUUCUAUCAUUACAUGGACACAAACACUCAGUUGAAGAAGGUGCGUGAGAGACAGUCAUUAUUUGUUCAGAAUGAUGAGCCGUUGAAGAACUCAUUGCCAGCAAACAUAUAUGUGAUGUCCAAAGAGGACACUGCUGCAAUGGUUGACAAUGACGAUGAAGAUGGAGCACAGGCUGCCAGAGAUGGUGACGAUGCCGAUGGAGAUGACGACAUGCAACAAGGUCUGGCAUUGGAUGAAUCAGUCAUUCCAAUGUCUCUGCUUGACGUGUCCAAACGCCUGAUCAAGGACUUCCAAUCACAGUUCCAGGCAAAACAAGCGGCCAACCCGUCAGCGUCAUCAACUGUUGUCUCAGACGCGGCCAACAGUGACCCAUCACUUCUAGACUUCCAAAAGAGAAUCGUACCAUGGGAGCAGAUAGCUCAGUUGGAGGCGUUGCUGGACACGACCAGCGGUAACAGCGCAGGACAUUCAAACACAGGCUCUGGCAACAGCUCCACAAACAGAGCACCACGCCAGGAGAUGAUUGUGGUCGGCACAUUCAUCGAGAACACGCCAAACAUCGCAGGACUGAUCAGGACCAGUGAGAUAUUCAAUGUGACCGAGGUAGCCAUUCCCAACAUCAAGUUGUUGCAGGACCCUCAGUUCCAGAGAGUGAGUGUGGCCGCUGACAAAUGGGUGCCAAUCAGCGAGGUCAAUCGCGCCAACUUGGCCGCCUACAUCAAGGCCAAGAAAGAGCAAGGCUACGUCAUACUAGGUGUGGAGCAGACCAGCCAAAGCAAGAACCUGGCAACAUUCGUCUUCCCCAAGAAGUGUCUUCUCUUGCUUGGACAAGAGCAGAAUGGUAUCCCCGCCGAGUUCCUAGACCUGGUUGAAUAUUGCAUUGAGAUCCCGCAGUAUGGUGUGACGCGAUCAUUGAACGUACAUGUCAGUGCAUCAAUUGUAAUUUGGGAGUAUUCGCAACAGCAACAUGCAUCUGUCAAGGCCCUGUCCCCUCCUCCUUCCGCAGCUACCGUUACCGUGUCGUCCAAACAGAAGUAA